AGGCAAACAGACACACUCCAGUGGCUGCACACAGCUCCCCAGUGCCUGGACUGCCCGGGUCCUCCAAUUCAUCAAACCCAGCCUCAGAGCUCCAUGAGGAGGUUCAUCAGUAUGGUGCUACACAGCCUGGUCAGCACCUCCAAGGCCAGGCCCUGGCUGCAGAAGAGAGCACAGGCGCAGGGGAAGGAAGACCAGAAACACAAGGUGCCACACAGGGCGACUAAGAUGAUUCUGACUGUAUUCCUGAGUGAUAAUCAACAGUUGCUGACCGAGGUGCCCAUUACCCCAGAGACGCUCUGUAAGGAUGUGGUGGAGUUCUGUAAGGAGGCUGGGGAGAGCGGCUGCCACCUCGCUGAGGUCUGGAGAGGAAAAGAGAGAGUGAUCCCUUUUGAUCAGCUGAUGUUUGAGCACCUACAGAAAUGGGGUCAGAGGAGACAGGAAGUGAAGUUUUACCUUAGGCACGUGGAGUCUCCCAUCACAAACAUUUCUCAAGGAAGUCAAACUUCAGAGCAGGUCGACAGGAAGAGCAAGGGGAACUUGGACAAGCCCUGCGAGAGUGGGGUGGGGAAUCCGCGUGUGGAGUUAACGCUGUCCGAGCUGCAGGAGAUGGCAAUGCGACAGCAGCAGCAGAUCGAAACUCAGCAGCAGAUGCUGAUAGCUAAGGAGCAAAGAUUGAGGUAUCUGAAGCAGCAGGACCCACGUCAGGGCCAGUCCGUGUCUGAGAGUGAGAAGCUCCAGAGGUUGAGGGAAAGAGUGGAAAGUCAAGAAGCUAAACUCAAGAAGGUCCGUGCCAUGAGGGGUCAAGUGGACUACAGCAAACUCAUCAGCAGCAACCUGUCUGCAGAAAUCGAGCAUGUUAGCAGCCUGUUCCAAGAAAAGCAGGCAGAGCUGCAGUCAGCUAUGCUAAAGGUGGACCAGCUCACACUGCAGUUAGACGAUCUACGACGGGGACGUCUCAAUGGACUGCAGCCUCUGGAAGGACUGGUGACCAGCAAUGCUACUCUGGAACUACGUAAACUCUACCAGGAACUGCAGAUCCGAAACAAGCUAAAUCAGGAACAGAACAGCAAGCUACAGCAACACAAGGAUAUGCUUAACAAGCGUAACAUGGAGGUGACCAUGAUGGACAAGCGUAUUGGGGACCUUAGAGAGCGUCUCUACAAGAAAAAAGCAGAGCUUGGCCGAAAGAGUGGUCCUCCCUCCCCUCAGACCACCCCAGGCAGUUCCGGGCGAGUGGCAGCAGUCUGUCCUUACAUCCAGGUACCAUUGCCCAGGCAACAGGAAGGAGGCUACAGUUUACCGCCUGAUCCCCUGAAGCCACAGACUCUGUCCACCUCUGCUACAGUAAACCAUGCUCGCUCCAAGUCAGGUCAGUCUUUCUUCCUAAUUCUUGACACCAUUUUACUUUUGCAUUUGCUGCUUCCCAGGACUAGUGAUAUUACAGACUGCGACUGUACUUCUACUAAUGAUGCAGUCUGGCCCUCCUUCAACAAUAAUAGGGUUCCUCUAAAACCCCCAGACUUGAAGGACACAAGUCAAGAUCAUACCAGCAAGAUGGGAACCUCAGACAAGGAAGACCCUAAGCUGUUAGGGACAGUAACAGCAUUGUCUAAGCAGCCUCCACCCAUCUAUGGUACCUAUCCCAGUGCAGGCCAUCACUCCACAGUCUGCGCCACCAGCUCUUUACCUCGCUCUGCUCCUGGCAUCUUAGGCUGGCAGAGAACGCCCCCUGCCUCUGGUUCCUCUUCACAGCAGAUCCAACAGCGGAUAACAGUGCCUCCCAGUCCUACACCUCAGUCUGGGUCAUCUCUUUUCCAUCAGGGUGAAAGAACAGAGCCUCCUCUCGCUGUGGCAGUACGUCCUUUUAUUCCGGACAGGGGGUCCCGGCCCCAGUCUCCAAGGAAGGGCCCUGCCACUAUGAACUCCAGCUCAAUCUACAAUAUGUAUCUGCAGCAGCCUACAGCCAAAAACUACUCCAGCAGCAGCAGAGCUGCAGUUAAAGCAGUAUACGGAAAACCAGUCCUACCUGGCUCUACUUCUCCUUCUCCAGUUCCACCUUACCAGCAGUCCUCCACAGAUGAGGUCGACAGAGAGACGGCCCAAGAAAGCACUUCCUUACCUCCACCCAGUGUGGAGAACAUCCCUCGCCCUCUCAGUCCUACUAAACUGACCCCUGUGGCACACUCCCCUCUCCGUUACCAAAGUGACAUUGACCUGGAGGUGCUGAGAAGGAAAUUAGCCAAUGCUCCCCGACCUUUAAAGAAGCGAAGCUCCAUCACAGAACCUGAAGGACCCAGUGGACCUAACAUCCAGAAGCUCCUAUAUCAGCGCUUCAACACCCUUGCAGGAGGCAUUGAGAGUGGAGUGGGUGGUACACCCUUCUACCAGCCUGACAGUCCUCUGAAGUACAUGACCACAACCCUGGGCAAUGUGGACACUGCCAAUGGGAACCUGAUGGAGUCAAGCAUCUUAGCUGAACCUUCGUCAGAGCCAGAGAUCACAAUCCCUCCUCCCAUUUCUUCUAUGUCUCAAACUGUUGAUAAUGAGAACCAGCCGAUGCAUUUAUCUAGUGACUCAGGGGUCGCCCAGUCUGCUGAUGCCUCAGACCGUUCUCUUAAGGACACCCAUGAGGACAAUCAUAACAACAACCACACAAAUGUUACAGACACAGAACCUAGCCCGGUACCAGAACAUCAUUACCCUGCAGAGCAGGACACCACAGCAAACCCAUGCACUCCUCCUGGUGUAUCUACGCUCAAGCGAACCAACUUGAAGAAGCCAGGCUCUGAGAGGACAGGUCACGGCCUGAGGGUCAAGUUCAAUCCUCUUGCACUGCUUUUGGAUGCAUCUUUGGAGGGAGAGUUUGAUUUGGUGCAAAGGAUUAUUUAUGAGGUGGACAAUCCUAGCACUCCAAAUGAUGAAGGUAUCACGCCUCUCCAUAAUGCAGUAUGUGCAGGUCACCACCAUAUUGUGAAAUUCCUGCUGGACUUUGGGGUCAAUGUCAAUGCAGCAGAUAGUGAUGGAUGGACGCCCCUGCACUGUGCAGCUUCAUGCAAUAAUGUACAUCUUUGCAAGUUGCUGGUGGAGUCUGGAGCUGCCAUUUUUGCCACUACUAUCAGUGACGUGGAGACAGCAGCAGACAAGUGCGAAGAGAUGGAGGAGGGUUAUGUCCAGUGCUCUCAGUUUCUAUAUGGUGUGCAGGAGAAACUGGGUGUGAUGAAUAAAGGGACGUUAUAUGCCCUGUGGAACUAUGAAGCUCAGAGUUCAGAUGAGCUGUCCUUCCAUGAGGGCGAUGCUCUCACCAUCAUGAGCCGUAGGGAUGACAGCGAGACGGAGUGGUGGUGGGCCAGACAUGAUGAAAAAGAGGGCUACGUACCACGCAACUUGUUAGGGCUGUAUCCAAGGAUCAAACCCAGGCAACGUACAUUGGCAUAGGUGGCCAGAAGAGACAGCGCAAGUUCCUGUAACAGCACUUGGCAUGAAGCUGCGGGAUGGCACUAUGCCAUGUCUUUGCUGUGGCCCGUGACCACAACACAGAGCCCACAGGCGUGGCAAGAUGAUGGCGCACGUCUGGUGUUGGACAAGAUUGAUUUUCCCAACAGUGGGGAAUUCAGUGGUCUUCUAUUUGCAUCCCAGAUUUUAUUCGUCACCAUGUGUUGUUUUUGCAGUAAUCCCUCUUACCCAUUUCCCUGUUGAGGAAAAUGUUAGCUUUUCUAUCCUCAUCCACGGUGCAAACCUCCUGAGUAUAUGUGCGUGUGUUUCAGAGUGGGAUGUGACUGUCAGAAUGGGGUGUGGAAUCUGUGGAUGUGUGAAAAAGAGUCGGUGACAGAUUAUGCAGUCUUGGAUUCCAGUGUUUUGUGCUCUGUGGUUUUUAUCAAGCAAAAAGGAAACCGAAGGGACUGAUGUUUCAAUUCCCACGGUUAGGAAGUUGCUGAUUCAGGGAAAAGGAAGGAAGGUGCUAGAAAGUGUUUAGAAGAGGCCUUGAGGCUGGUCAAGCUACUGAUGGAUAAUAAGGAAAUGGACUGGUCUGGUGGAGACACAUAUGUGUGGAGGAUUAUGUGGCUUGAGGAGGUGAAACUGUGUAGUUGUCUAAGAGAAACCGAGAUUUAAAAGGAUUCAGAAAGAAAACUGAUGCCAUAAAAACUAAUGCAGUGGCUGUUUUCCAUCAACCUGGGGAUAUUGACAACAUAAAAAACCUUUAUCCCUAUGCUUAAUUUAAGUCCGGCUUUAUUUUUAUUUUAUUAUUUUAUGAUACACCACCCUUUUCCCUCUUUAAGGGUUGUUUAUUUAAUUGAAACAUAUAUAUAAUUUUUUUUUUUUUUUUUUUUUUUUAAUAGCUUGAUAUAGGCUUAUAUGGCUGUCAAACCCGGCAGGAUCUGCCUAGUGUUUGUGCUGCCAUACAAGAGCCAUUUAUGCAGCAUGUCAUGUAUUGUGCACAAUAAAAUUUCCAUAUUGGGACAAAGUAA